AUGUCUAAUUCUACCGCUUUCUCCAUUGCGUAUACCAAAGCCCAGCAAAGUUUUGACCGUCGUGCAAGCGCAUUGGAUGAAGAAGCCUGGCAGAAAUCAGAACGGCGGCUUUAUAUCCAAAGGACCUGUCAUAAGGUUAUGUCUUUCGUCGAGGGUGUUUGCGAGCAGACUGCAAGCUUGGUCCCUCCAGUCAUCCUAGGCAGAUGCAAUAUUAUCUAUCGGUUUCACUGCGAUGGGGAUGCCUACGAUAUUGUUGUUCGGCAACCACGCCCCGAGAUGGCACAUUUCCGGAAAGAAAAGGCUCUCUAUGAAGCUGCAACCAUAUCUUACCUCUCCCAGAACAGUUCUGUACAUGUUCCGGACCUCUUCUUUCACACUCCGUCAUCAUAUAUCGGGCCGGCUAUGAUCUUAUUAUUCGUCAAAAGUGAGCGGAGCAUGUCAGAAGCCCUCACGAGCCCUGGCCAGGAUCUGGGGGAAAUACCGGUCCUGGACCCAGAGAUAUCUGAAGAGGAUCUGAGAACACUUUACAGGAAGACGGCUGGGCUUCUGAUCAAGCUCUUCGAGCCAACCCGGCAUAAGAUCGGGUCACUGGUCGAAGUUGGCACCAAGCAUUCAGUGGCUCGCCGACCGCUCACCCAAAAUAUGAACGACCUAGUAUGCAAGGCUUCUGUUCCAGAAUCAGUUCUUCCGUCACCGAAACAGGUGUAUACAAGUGCCGAUGAAUGGUACGCCGCUUCGGCAGCUAUGCACAUGGCUCAGUUGCUUUUCCAGCAUGACGAUAUUGUUGGCUCAGAGGACGAGUACCGAAACAAGUAUGUGGCACGAUACUUGUUUCAUUUACUCGCAAAGAAGGGUCAGCUAUCUGCUUUUGGAUUUCUUGAGGACAAUUGGUCAGUCCAGUCUCAGUUUUUGGAAUUAUCAUGCCCAAUGCCAUAUGGACUUGACUCUUUUCGACUUUGGUGCGACAAUCUGAGGCCGCAUAAUAUUCUUUUGAACGAGCACGACCAUAUCGUGGCAGCUCUUGACUGGGAGUUCGCAUAUUUCGCUCCUACGCAAUUCAGCCUCGAUCCGCCAUGGUGGCUGUUGCUGCAGCUUCCAGAGCUGUGGCCGUCUGGAAUCGAUGAUUGGUCCCAAGUCUACGAAACCAGACUCAGGACCUGGCUACUGGCAAUUCAAGAUGAGGAACGGGGAGAGGGAAUCAACUUCCCGGAAAACCUUUCAGGUUAUAUGCGUGAGAGCUGGUUGAGUGGUCGCUUCUGGCUUACCUACGCUACGAGAAAGAGUUGGGCAUUCGAUACAAUAUUCUGGAAGUACUUGGAUGAGAGAUUCUUUGGGCCAAGAGAUGAGAAUAUACAAGAAUCUCAGUUUUGGACGGCAAGGGUACAUCUUCUAGGGGAAGAGGCACAAAGGUCAAUGGAAAUGGUCGUGGAAAGAAAGAUGAAUGACGCAGAAGAGGGAGUUCCGGUGGAUUGGGAUCCGGACACAGCGAACCAACUUCUGCAAGAAGCAUUGGGAGAUGAUUCAGAUUCUCAGUCGUAA